AUGGACAGCAGCAAGUCCGAUGCCUUGAAUUUGUCUGAGAUGCAGGAGCUAUCGACUGCUCUCGGUACGCAGGUGUGGAACGAGGAAUGUAAACCCAAGCCGGAAAUAAAAGAAGUGAAAAGGGAAUCCUCCGGUUACGUCAUCUGCGGACGCAGGAUGAGUGUCUCAGAGUACCAGGAACAUUUCCAAAGAAGCGGAGGACUGCAAGAUGCGCUCAAGAUGGGAUGA